UCCGGCACAGGGCGAGUGGGCGGUAUAUCCGCUCGGCAGUUCUUUAUAAGGUGCCGCUCUGUAGCUCAGCAGCGUUGAGCCAGCGCGAUUAGGACUACACAGAUGGAUGCGGUGCUGAAUUUCGCAGCCGAAGGCGGAGACGAUUAUUACCAGCUGCUAGGCUGUGAUGAACUAUCCACGACAGAACAAAUUGUGGCAGAAUUUAAAGUCAAGGCUCUGACCUGCCAUCCUGACAAACAUCCACAGAAUCCAAAAGCAGUGGAGCAAUUUCAGAAACUGCAGCAGGCUAAAGAAACCCUAACCAAUGAAGAACGACGCGCCCGCUAUGACCACUGGUAUCGUAGUAGGAUUGCAAUUCCAUUUCAUCAGUGGGAGGCUCUAAGUGAUGCUGUCAAAAUGACAAUGCACUGGGCAGUAAGAAGUAAGAAAGAGCCAAUGCUGGAAGCACCUGCUGCGGAUCCUGAUGAUUUUACCAAGAAGCAGGAAGAAAGAGAGUCUGCAAAAGAAGGGAAUGAUGGCUCAAUUGCCCACAUGCACCAAGCUGACAGGGAUGGAUGUGGAAUAAAAGAGACGAGAGCAACAAAUGAUGGUCAGCAUUCUGCAGAAAAUCCCAUCUUUCCACGAAGUAUCAACUUGGAUGACUGCCAUUACCAUUUCCGCUGGUCGGCAGACUCACCUUCAGAAUUGCUAAGGAAAUUCAGGAACUAUGAAAUUUGAUGCAGGCUUGUCAGGGAUUCUCAAUUUUACUCGGAUGUCUCUUGCCAGAUCAGUUUGUUCUUUGUACGUUGAAUGUCCAGUGGAAAGCUUUAUUUGUGAUAUAUUGUGUAUUUCCUUAACUCACGAGAAGGUUAGAGAUGUUACCGCAAUUUCCUCUUGUACCUGUAAUUAAAUGUUCACUGUUCAGAUUACUAAUUUGUGUUGGUGUAAUGUUACUUUUGCUGAUGACGCCACUUGUACCAGAAGCAACCUUAACUGUUUUGAGUCUUAUUGUGUUGUGUUUCAUUGAGAUUAUUACGUUUUAUUCUCCAAAUUCUGUAUUUAUGUAAUUUGUUUCUACAAAUUGUUGCUUGAAGGCAUUGCUUGCUUGAUUCAACCAUUGCAUAAAAUCUUUUAAUGAUAUUGUUGUGUUCACCCACCACUGCCUCUAGCCAUCCAACUAUUUGAAGUCUGGAACUCCCUCUAUAAAUCUCCUUUUUAAAAUGCUAUUUGAAAGUCUUGCAACCAGCCAUUUGUUCACCUGUUCUAACGUCUCCUUUUGGAGGAAGAAUGGUGGUGUUUUAUGUAGGUUCAGAAUUUCUGCCUGUAAGUUUGGGGCAUGAACUGGUUCCAGUCCUGGAAGUCAAGUGGGGGAAUGUGAACCACAUCCAGUGGUUGCAGUCUCAGCUGUUUUGGGAAAAGGAGGGGAACUGUGUGAUUCUAACCAGAGCAGCGUGUUUGUAAGUGGUUGGUCUGAUGGGAGAGACAACGCCAUAUAUUUCACCAACCACAGUUCUUCGUACUUGGGGAAAACAAAUGAGCCAGGAUUAAAACUACGCAAAUAGGUUAGGAGGUAGGAGGAGAGCUGGAUCAAUCAGGGCCGACCACAACUGACCUCAGGAUGGAAGGGGAGUAUAAAUAGAAGUUACUUAAAAUUAGAGAGUUCAACGUUCAUACUACUGGAUUGUAAGCUACAAAAUAUGAGGUGCUGCGCCUCCAAUUUGCCUGUGGAAGCGGAGACCCAGGACAGAAAGAUCAGUGUGUGAAUAGGAAGGGGAGUUGCAAUGAUUGGCAAAUAGGAGAUCCCAUUGGACUAGGGGGACUGAGCGCAACUGUUAGGCAAAAUGGUUGCCGAGUCUGUGUUUGGUUCUUUCUGCAUAUGGUUAUGGGUUGGUUUUAAAUUUGUAACAUCUAGAUAAUCCCAAACCAACACUUUUAAAAUCCAUUCCUUUAUCUGAUCUCAGCUUUUGUCAGACAAUGUCUAAUGAGCCUCCUUUAAGUACAAAUAAGAGGUAUUGCAGAUCUUUUCCAGUUAACAAACAUCUACUUAAGGAAGGUACACAAAAAAAAAACUGGAGAAACUCAGCGGGUGCAGCAGCAUCUAUGGAGCGAAGGAAAUGGGCAACGUUUCGGGCCGAAACCCUUCUUCAGACUGAGGAAUCUGCUUAAGGAAUCUUUGCUAUAAAAAAAGAUUUCAUUUAUUUUCCAUUUGAUGACUAGACUGAGAGAAGCGUAUUUAAUUUCCUGUACUUUAUGAAUAUGUUGUUCACUGCAGCUAGUUUUGUCAAAACAGUUAUUAAAAAUUGUAAUAGAUGUUGACUCACUAGAAUCUAGUGUUGAUCUAUAAUGUAUCUCUCCAGUGGCCAUGGUGAUAGAAUAAUGUAUGUAAUUAAUUCUGGUGUAUAGAAAUAUUUGCAUACA